AUGGUCACGGACGCGCCCGCCAUGGGGGACAGAGACAGGGACGACGAGCGCAACGAGGCCCUCGACCCGGAGCUCCUCUACACCAAGGAGUUUUGCAUCGGCGGCGGGAGCUUUGGCAAGGUCUACAAGGGCGUCGACAAGCGCACCGGCCAGGCCGUCGCCAUCAAGAUCAUCGACAUUGAGAGCGCCGAGGACGAGGUCGAGGACAUCAUCCAGGAGAUCGCCAUCCUGUCCGAGCUGCAGUCGCCCUACGUCACCAAGUACUACGGCUCCUACGCAAAGGGCGCCGAGCUGUGGAUCGUCAUGGAGUUCUGCUCCGGCGGCAGCUGCGCCGACCUCAUGAAGCCCGGCCUCAUUGGCGAGGAGUACAUUGCCAUCAUCGUGCGCGAGCUGCUGCUCGGCCUCGACUAUCUGCACGCCGACAAGAAGCUGCACCGCGACGUCAAGGCCGCCAACGUCCUCCUCUCCUCCAACGGCCUCGUCAAGCUCGCCGACUUUGGCGUCUCCGGCCAGCUCUCCGCCACCAUGACCAAGAAGAACACCUUUGUCGGCACCCCCUUCUGGAUGGCCCCCGAGGUCAUCAAGCAGUCCGGCUACGACCACAAGGCCGACGUCUGGUCCCUCGGCAUCACCGCCCUCGAGCUCGCCCUCGGCGAACCCCCCUACGCCGACAUUCACCCCAUGAAGGUCCUCUUCCUCAUCCCCAAGAACCCGCCCCCCCGCCUCGACGGCAACUUCACCAAGGCCUUUAAAGACUUUGUCGAGCUGUGCCUGCAGCGCGACCCCAAGGACCGGCCCUCGGCCCGCGACCUCCUCAAGCACCCCUUCAUCCGCCGCGCCAAGAAGACGACCUACCUCACCGAGCUCAUCGAGCGCCACAGCCGCUGGGCCGCCACCCACAAGGGCGACGACGACGACACGAGCCUGCACGGCGACGACGAGUACCACGAGCGGGAGCGCGUCGACGAGGACAUGUGGGACUUUGGCACCGUCCGCCUCGUCGGCGACAGGGGCCUCCUCAACGACAGGGGCCUCCUCAACGACAGGGGCGUCGCCGCCCGCCCAGGCCUCCUCAGCGCCAUGGACGACUCGGCCACCAACGCCCGCGCCCGCCCGCUCGACGCCGACACCAAUGCCGACACGGACGCCGGCGCCCCCGACUACGGCCAACGUCCGCGCGAGCACAGCCCCACCAAGGCCCGCGACUUUGCCCAGAACGCCCACAUGGCCGCCCACACCCUGAAGCCCGCCAACCCCGCCACCUCGCGCCAGACGUCGCCGCACAGGAAACCCGUCACCACGACGACACCCCAGUCGCCCGCCAAGGUCCCGCUGCCCGCGUCACCAGACAAGACGACGCGCGGAUCCGAGACGACGCGCGGACCCGAGACGACGCGCGGACCCGAGACGACACGCGCACCCGAGACGCCGCGACCGCCCUCGAAACCCAUGCCGCCGCUGCCCCUCGGACAGCCGUCGCCCGACUACGACCGCGAACUGCAGUACCAGCUGCAGAAGGACAUGGGCAUGCUGAGCCUCGGGCCCGCCAUCCAGCACGACAACCAGGCCACACCGAAGCCGCCGCCCCACCAGCAGCUCUUCCCCUCUCCACUCCAGCAGCAGCAGCAGCAGCAGCCCGCCUCACGGCCGACCUCGAAGCUUGGCAACAUCAGCCUGCCCGAGAUUCCCCCGUUCCGCGGUGGCGGCGUGACGGCGCACCCCCCUCCGCAGCUGCAGCCCCUCGACAGGGUAACCAGCCAGCCCGGCAGCCGGCAGCCUUCCUCGUCAGCAGCAGCAGCAGCAACAACAGCAUCCUCCUCGGGCCCACUGCCCCAACCGCUUCUCCUGCCCAAGACGACGCCGCUCGGGUCGCCGGCCCUCGCCUCCAAGUCGCCGGGCCUCGCCUCCAAGGCGCAGCCCCUCGAGGUCACGACACCGUCGUCGUUCCCGUCGCCGGCGCCGGCGAGCCCCAACGGCGAGCUCGACGCGCUCAACGACGUCAUCUUUCCGGCGCUCGAGGAGGCGCUCAAGCGGCGGCAGAUCCGGCUGCAGCAGGCGCACCGCCCGCCGUCGGCCGGCCAGGUGACGCCCCGGCAGCAGCGGGCCGAGGCGGCGCACGAGAAGCUGCGCAAGCUCGUCUACAAGCUCGCCCACGUGUGCAAGGAGAUUGACCACUACGACAAGGCCGAGCCCGUCGGCAUGGGCCGCGACGUCGGCACCUUUCUCGAGGGCCUGCUCGAGGAGAUACUCGUGCGCGUCGAGCCGCUGGACGAGGACGAGCUGCAGGUGUGA